CCCUUGCUUGCAUCCAACUCCAUUAAUUAUAAAGUAACGGAAGUAGUUAAGCAUUGUUUGAGUAUGUAAUUAUUUUUCAUUGAUGCACUUGUUCCUAAACAUAGUGGGGGCGGAACUCGCCUACCACUCUUCUUAACCACCACACCGUACUCAGUAAGUUUGUGUCGUGCGUUAAGUCGCGAACGCUUGCGUGCGCGCAUCUUUUGAAUUUUUAUGCGAUUAUUUCUUAACUGAACAAAGUGAACAUGUGAUUUACGAAAAAAUGUUACUUUUAUGGCUUUUUCUGGUCAUCGCCAUCGGAAGGACUUGUGCGAAUUUCGACCACCAAGUGGAGUAUCAGUGCAUUCAACAUUGCCCUCUCCAGAAUCGGACGGAUGCAGGCCAUUAUGACUACGCUUGUGAUUACGGAUGUAACAUCAACCAGUGCAACAAAGGCUGCAAAUUGUGGCGGAGAGCUUUGAACUCGUCGUGCCCCAAAGUCUGCAACGGUCCCAUGGACCGACUCACCCCUAAAGCCCUCUACUGCGUAAUGGGAUGCAACGACGCAAUGACUAAAUAUUUCAAUCAAUUGAAAUCGAAACUGUUAACUCCUCCGGCCCCAGCUUUGGUCGCAGACACCCUCAGCGCGACUUCUCUAAGACUUGAAUGGAACUUCCCUGAGGCUAAGAGAGUCGGUCUGACUUACCACGUCCAGUGGAAAUACGAAGAAUUAACAGCCACGUGGCACUACUGCCGAAAUGUCACGUGGUUUGAUAACGAUACAGUCCUAAUUGAAAAUUUACAACCCUACACAAAAUAUAGAUUUCGUAUUGUUUUGAUUUUGGGGCACCAAGAGAACCAAAUAGUGUCAAAUCCCAGUGUCGUCAUAAGUACCCUAGCUUCAGGAAUCCCUGUUUCACCACCAAGUAGUGUACGAGUGGCUCCCAUUGAUUCCACACGUAUAAGUGUGAGCUGGGAACCUGGCCCUUUCCCGCACGGUCCCCUCCUUUCCUAUGUGCUCCAAAUCACUGAUAAUCAUCCAGAUGCUGAAGUACCACCGGAAGUCAAGGAUAUACCGGCCGAAAAUAACUUCUACAUGUUUAGAAAUUUACGUCCAGCUCGUAAUUACACAAUUUCAAUCAAAAUGCGAAAUGGAGUCGGUUCAGGUCCUUCUGCUAAAGUCACAGUUUCAACACCAUCCGAAUCUUUAGUAAAAGAUACACAACAACCAGUUUUAAUUCUUGGAACUGAACAUGGAGUCGUAGAGGAGGGAACUGAUAUCCUUGACGAACCUGCCAUAUUAUACAGUACCAAAUUAACUAUAAAAGGAAUCGGAAUACACAUAAGCAAAAAGCUCAUUUUUAUAUCAGAUUCUGAUGGAAAUAUUAUCAAAAUGCCGUUAUCUAGAAAUAAUACGAAUUAUAAAACAUAUAAUUUGCCGCAUUUUCGUAUCAACCAGACAAACUUCAUGCCUUUAGACCUAUCCAUUGAUUGGUUAAACGAUCAAUUGUAUAUUUUGGGUGAAACUAAAAAUGUUAACCCAACAAAGUGGUUGAUUGCAAGAUGUGAUUUGGAUGGUGGAAGGCUUACCACAGCAGUAGCAGGAUUGACAACACAACCAUACAACAUUGAAGUAGAUCCAUACAAUGGGUACCUUUUUCUGGGCAUUAAUGGUACCGGUCUUUAUCGAUUGGACCUUUACGAUAUUAGUAACGGAAUAAAACAUGAUGUACAACCUGUACUUAUCCUCAACGAAAAGAAAUUAAAUAUGAGUGCUUUCACUGUGGAUCAUACGAAUUUUCGACUUUUUGUUUCAAAUGAACGCGAAAAAACCAUCAAUACUGUCUCCUUGGAUGGGAAAGAAAUAGUCAACGUGCGACCAAACGUAAUCAAAUCGAAACUAGAAAAUGUUGUGUCUUUAGCCACUGCCAAUAAAAAAUUCUAUUGGACAAACGGAGACGACAUUUUUUAUGAAGAGUACCACAAUUCCGUCUACUUCCACAACUCAUAUCCUGACUUAUCUUUGUCCACCAAAUCAUACAAAAAAGUUAUAAUCAAUUUGCAAAGUUCGCAACCUAUUCCUAGUCCUGUAAACCCCCCAACUAAUGUCCAAGCAAUCUUUGGAAGUAACAUAGCGAAAACAACAUGGCAGCCUCCUCAUCUUUUGGGUAUUCAAGGCAAGGGUGCGUGGCAGAACUGGUUGUAUGAAAUCGAAAUAAAAGAAGUUGGUUCACAAAAAUUCAUCUCGCAUAAAAAUAUCAAUACCACGUCUUACAAAAUAUCAGGUUUGAGGGAAAACACGGAGUAUGUUAUCAAAGCUGCGGCUUACACCAAGUCGGGAAAAGGGCCCUGGUCGUCCGAAUUCCGCGGAUUCACCUUGAGUCGAUCGAAAAAUCCGAUGAUUUAUUGGUCGGCUGCUGAAGGCUUGCUCAGGACUGACGCAGCGGGUGAAAAUGUUGAAACGCUAAUUCACAAAAGUAGCACCAAAAACUCGUUUUUUAUCGAUAUGACGUGGUACCAAGACUUGAUUUAUUUGGUCACGAAUGACUCCCAUGUCUAUUGGUAUAAUACCAGGACUCAUAGUCAAGGACAGUUAAUUGGUAUAGAUUCAGUUGGUAGCAUUGCCGUUGACUGGAUCGGGAAAAAACUCUACUGGUCGAACCCCAAACGACAAAUGAUUAUCAGAGGAAAUUUGAAUGGUACCCAACAAGAACCACUUCCCAUCCUCACACUUGCCAAAGAAUUGAACAUAGAUUCAAUUAAGGCUUAUUUGUAUUGGUCCACAGGAUUUGCAGUUCGCUGUGCUCACCUUAACGGAGAGAACUCGAUUGAGUACCAUCCAGUACAAUUAUUUUCAGGAAGACAAGUAAUGGGCUUAACUCUUGACAUCCACAACAAGUUCGUCUAUUGGAUCGUCCGAGGUUUAGAAGGAUCGAAUUUAUUCCGGGCCCCAAUGGCUGGCUAUACACAAAAAAUCACAGUUGAAAAAAUUUCAAGUUUGCAAAAACCCAAUAUGCAAGGACCACUCUGUUACUUCCAUAAACGUCUCUUGUGGCUCCAGGAUAACAAAAAUGCGGCAAUUAGUGACCUCCAAGGGAAAAAUAUUGCCACAUUCAGUGGCAAAAGUAUGUCUGACUUAACUCUAGUUUACGUCGUUGAUUCAUCCUUGCAUGUUAUGCCAGAUAUUCCCCAAAUUGUCGUAAUCCCAGAAACGGUUGAUAAAAAUUCUGUGCGAAUUGUCGGUUCUUUAAAUUCGUUCAAUGUGACUUGGAAUCCAGUCAAGAAUGUCAACUAUGGGCAGGUCUUUUACGAGGUCAGCAUUGACAGUCUUUCACGAAACGAUUCUGCAAUCAUUACAAAUUUAACUUCGGUCAAAUAUUGGCAACAAGUGGCCCCUUUUACGAAACUCCAAGUCGCAAUCCGGGCCUUCACAUAUUGGGGUACCUCACCACAAAUCCGUGCUAAGGUAUAUUCUCCUGCUUCGACUCCUACAGUUCCGAGAAAUCUCCGUGCAUAUGUAACCCAUCACAACAGUGGUACCAAUGUCACUAUAACAGUUCGCUGGGACGCUCCUAUGUUCCCAAAUGGAGUUCUCAAAGGUUACAAAAUACACUGUUGGUAUUUAGAUCACUCUCAACGAAGAGAUGUUUGUCAAGACUUGGUUAAAAAACCAGAAGAAUUUCAAAUUGAUUUCAAACCACCACAAGACCAAAUCUACUAUUUCAACGUUCAAGCUUUCAGUGAGAUGGGCGAUGGUGACUUAUCUGACCCAAUCCAGGUAAACUCUAGUGAAGAAUUGCCUCUACCACGUCUCUUGGUGGCUUCAGAAGAUUCGAUUUUUAUCCAAGAUAUUGAUUCGGACUGCAACGAAUCACUUUUACAUGGAAUUGUCACGCCGACCGAAAUUGGCUAUUUGAUUAAGGAAUCAAAAUUGUUUUGGAUCGACCAGUUGCAAAAUCUCAUGAUGUUUGAUAUGCUAAAAUCAAAUAAAACAAAAAUUACUAGUCUGAAAAAUAAUGUCACUGGUUUGACUGUUGAUUGGUUGGAGCGAAGUAUUUAUUACGCCCAGAGUGAGAACUGGGAUUCCGGUUCGAGUGUCUUUAAACUCAAUUUAAACUACGUCGAUCGUGGGAUUAUUAAAAUGAGCAAAAUUUUUUUCACUCCUGCAAGUAUCAGUAAAAUUGAGGUAUCUCCUUAUACGAAAAUGCUCUACUGGGUGGAAAAAUCCAAACUGAUGGUUUGCAACACUGAUGGUAGUGAUAGAAGAGAGUUUUUUAAUAAAGACAAGUACACCAAACGGUCUAUACUUGAUGAAAGUUGCAAUUGUCCAGUUGAUGUCAAUAUAGAGAAAACAUAUACUUUGGAUCACUCGACCGAAACUAAACCAUUGUUAGUUUUUAUAGAUUCUGACACACAUAAUGUUGUUUCUGCUGACAAAAAUGGUUGUUCGUGUAGUGUCAUUGCAAAUAAUUCACUCGGUGUAACCCUUCCUCUUGAUCGGCUAAAAUCAGAUUUUGGUACUUUGUACUGGACAAAUUCCCGCUUGCUUCACGCAUUAAGGAAGAAAGAAGCUAAUUUAGUCACAAAGGAAGUAAAUGGGCACGAUAUACUCAUUUUUGGGCCACAUAUGCAACCCUUCCCCCCCGCCGAGUGUCUUAGACCACAACAAUACGCUGACAUUAGAGUGACUCUAAAAGAAAAAACCUCAACUUCUUUGACUUUGCUUAUGCCAGAAGUUGGUCAAAUCUGUGUUGACACUUCGAUGCCUACGAUUGAGUACCGAAUUUAUUAUACGGAAAAGGUCGACGACAAUACUUCAUGUGACUUCACUUGUAAUUUUUCCUCAACUUUUGAUAAAGAAUUUAGAAUCAAAAAUUUGAAACCUUUUACACACUAUGUGGUUGCAGUCACUGUUAGUAACUACUACACUAAGGAUGAUGAAGUCGUUCUUGGAGCUUCUACAGUGUUUCAAACUGCAAUAGGAGCACCUUCACCUCCACAAAAUGUCACAGUUAAAGUCCUCAAUCCUACAAUGGCUCAAGUCUCAUGGUCACCACCCCAAUACCUUAAUGGGGUAACAGUCCACUACGAAAUCUACUGUCAGACUGAAAGAACCCUUUCUGGGGUCCGGCAAAAAGAACAAUCAAAUGUUGAACAACAAUUUACUCCAAACUCGACUCACUUUCUUACAAUUAUUCUCAACAAACUUUCCUCUAAUGAGACAUACACGAUUUGGGUUAAAGCCUAUAGUGAGACAAAUGAAACUUCCAGUGACAGUGAAAAAGUGCAAAUAAAUACGUAUCCAGAACCCAGUGAUUUAAUUCUAGUAAACCGAACUGCGUACAUGUUGGUUGUGACAUGGGAAGUGUGUGCAAAUAUUGAUCACUAUAACGUCCAAUUUUCUCCUGUCACUUCCAACGAGUGGAAAAAUAUGACCCAAGUUAGUGAUGGCAUUUUCGCAAGUGAAGAAAACUUGAAACCAAAGACUGAGUACAAAUUCCGGUUGUCUCUCUUUUAUUACAAUUAUCCUGAAGAAUAUGUUUGGCCACAAGAUUCUCGUUUUAUUUACGAAACCCUUGGAGACAAACCCUCCCCUCCAGGAACCCCCAAAAUCCAAUACGUCAAACCAAACAUCUACAAAGUUUGGUGGGAGGAAGCCAAAGAUAACGGAGCACCGAUCGAAUUGUACAAACUCGAAGGUUUGGAACUUCCGAAUUAUCGUACGAAAAGAAGUACCAAUCGUACUGCUUUCUUCUACACAGCACCUUCAAUCGAAGAAGAAGAGAGGGAAUGGCAACAGUUCUAUAACGGGACUGAAACUUCUUGGAUAAUCAACGGCUUAAGCGAAAAAUACAAGUACGAAUUUAGAGUUUCGGCUUUAAAUGCGUAUGGAUGGAGCGACCCGAGUGAUUCUAGCACGGCUUUUGACUUGAACGAAGCUGCCAGAAUGGCCGAAAAGCAAAGUCCGAUGACUCUGAUUGCUAUUGCAACCUUUAUCCCAGUUUCAGUCUUUUUGAUCAUCUUGCUGUGUCUUGUGUGUCGAAAAUAUGGAAAGCCGAAAAAAGUCCAAGUCGUGUCAAUACCCCGGGGACCUGACGUCGAGUUAGCAACACUGAGGGAACUCCCCCGGAGAGGUGUACACAACACUAAUGUUUUGUACGUGUCUACCCAACCCACAAGUGAAGAAAUGAUCCUUUUGCCACACAUUCGGAGGGAUCAAAUUACUUUGAUGAAGUUUUUGGGGAGUGGCGCUUUUGGUGAAGUUUUUGAAGGAAAAGCCAGAGGGAUUCCUAAUAGUUCAGGGGAUACUAAAGUGGCAGUUAAGACUUUGAGAAAAUGUGCCUCCGAUCAAGAGAAAGCCGAGUUUUUGCAAGAAGCGCAACUUAUGAGUAACUUCAAACACGAACACAUUUUGCAGCUUUUGGGAGUUUGCUUGGAUAAUGACCCCCAUUUUAUUAUCAUGGAGUUGAUGCAAGGAGGCGACUUGUUGACUUAUUUGCGUUCCUCGAGAAACCCUAAUACUGAUACUCCUUCAUUGUCUUUGAUCGAACUCUUAAAAAUGUGCGUGGAUGUUGCCAAAGGUUGUCGAUACCUCGAAGAAAUGCAUUUCGUCCAUAGGGACUUGGCUUGCCGCAACUGUUUGGUUUCGUCGAAAGACCCCGAUCGCAUUGUCAAAAUCGGUGAUUUUGGCCUAGCUCGAGACAUCUACAAAAAUGACUACUACAGGAAAGAGGGCGAAGGCCUGCUUCCUGUCCGUUGGAUGGCCCCCGAAUCGCUGGUCGAUGGAGUUUUCACCAGUCAAUCCGACGUUUGGGCUUUUGGGGUUCUUCUGUGGGAAAUAAUGACUUUGGGACAACAACCAUACCCCGCCCGAAAUAAUCUCGAAGUGUUACAUUACGUACGAAGAGGAGGCCGGUUAGGAAAACCCACAGAUUGUCCAGAAGCUUUACACAAUUUAAUGUUAAAGUGUUGGGAAUUUGAAGCUGAGAAGAGACCCACUUUUAAAUACUGUUUAGAUGUCCUCGACAACCUCCACUUGCAAAAUUUGAGGAGCCCCACGACUGGGGCCCACGAAGGGCAAUACAUCAGCACCGUGCAAGAAUAUUUUAUUCAAGGUAUUUCCAAUGAGGCAUAUUUUCGUGAUGAGAACUUUUCAGGUGACAUUGAAGAUGAUGCUAAUAAAGAAAAAACACCAUUUCUGGCAUCGGAAGCCACUUCUGCAAUUCCCAAGUAUCUGGAAUUGUUGUAUGAACCAGACACACCCCCUGCUAAUGACGGCUAUGAAAUACCGAAUCAAAUGCUGCAAAAUGAAAGUACAACAAAACGAAGUUCCUCUAUAGUGUCCAUAUCGAGUAAUGGGAAUGUGCCAGAGAAGAAAAUACAAAAUGCCUCUAUUUGUAAAUAAGAUAUUUAUUUGUUAAGUAUUUAUCUUCGGAAUUGUGUAAAUAAGUCUAAAAGGGCUCAAUUGUGUCAGUAUUUUAAUUUGUUUAAGUGUGAAAUGUGCCUGAGAACAGUAUUUUAAUUGUUACACCAUAAUUCAAGACCAGUUUUUUUUAUAGAUAACUUAAGUAUAAAAUAUGUAAAUAUUUAAAAAAUAGAAAUUAAGUAGUAAUUUAGGCAAUAAAGAAAAAGAUUGUG